AACUGCGAGGAAAAUAAAUAAGCUUUACACACCACUUCACCUUCACUGAAGAAGAAAGAGAAUAAUGCAGCUCUCCAACAUUCCUCUUUUUGGCCUUCUCCUGUUCUUAAAUCUGCCGCUGCUCAGCGCAUAUCCUGUCUACAAUGAGUUACUGACCAAUGAUGACAUGGAUGUCUUAAAGGUAAGUCCUUUUUAGGCUAUAGGCCUACAGGCUCAUAUACACCUUUGAGGGAUAUAUUUCUUAUACGUUGAAGCCCAAGGAUAGAUACAAUUGAAACCGUUUGUUCAAACUUGCUUUUGGCAUUGUAGGUACUUCUCCAUCGACUUGAAGAGUCCAUUCCUGAGCGGAGCGAGGUCGAUCGGGUCGCCACAGAAAAGUUGGACAACAUGACUCUCGAAGACAUCGCAAUGGUUGCAGCAGAUGAGAGAGAGCAACAACAAACACGACUCGACAAAUCCGCAAUAAGAGAGUUCCUCUCGGCUCGUGACCUGAAAACUGUCCGAAACGACUCAACAUCGAAGAGAUCCUCAGGCUGCUUCGGGCGAAGGAUAGACCGAAUCGGCUCAAUGAGCUCUCUUGGAUGCAACAUGGUUGGCAAAUACAGUGGGUAUAGUUAAGGUUAAGAUCAUAGGAUACUGUGCAUCAGACAAAAUCUCUUAACCAAAUAGAGUCCAAGUUGUCCACUCCGAAACUGCGUGGCUAAGUUGACAAUAUCCAUUGUGAGAGCUAUGUUAAGAGACAAAAUUGUGUUGGCUAAUUUCUUGUUUUCUCUAUUUUCAGAUCCAAAGAGAAGAUGAAGUCUUACACAUUACCUGGAACAGCAAAGUCAUUACUUACCAAAGUGUAUUCUUAUUUAUAGUCUGUAGGCUACCUAUUUAUUUUAUAUUCAUUACAUUUAGAUUAUUGGCAAUAUAUUUAUUUGAACCGGUGUCAUUGGUGUACAAUAAAUGUUUACAAUUGCG